GUUCAGCCUUCGGCUGAUGCCACCGCACCGCAUUCGCCAUGGAGCUGGCGCUGGGGACCUCAGCCACGGUGCUGCCUCUGCUGUUGCUGCUGGGCCUGAGUACCGGAACAGUCAUUGACUGGCCUGCAGAGGAGGGAAAGGAAGUAUGGGAUUAUGUGACUGUCCGAAAGGAUGCUCACAUGUUCUGGUGGCUCUAUUAUGCCAUGAACCCCUGCAAGAACUUCUCGGAGCUGCCCCUGGUCAUGUGGCUUCAGGGCGGUCCCGGCGGUUCCAGCACUGGAUUUGGAAACUUUGAGGAAAUCGGGCCCCUUGAUAGUGAUCUGAAGCCGAGAAGAACUACCUGGCUCCAGUCGGCCAGUCUCCUAUUUGUGGAUAACCCUGUGGGCACUGGGUUCAGUUACGUGAACAAGAGUGAUGCGUAUGCCAGAGACCUCGACAUGGUGGCGUCAGACAUGCUGGUUCUCCUAAAGACCUUCUUCGAUUGCCACAAAGAAUUCCAGACGGUUCCAUUCUACAUUUUCUCAGAGUCCUACGGAGGAAAAAUGGCUGCUGGCAUUGGUCUAGAACUUCAUAAGGCCAUUCAGCAAGGGACCAUCCAGUGCAACUUCGGUGGCGUUGCUUUGGGUGACUCGUGGAUCUCCCCUAUAAAUUCGGUGCUCUCCUGGGGACCCUACCUGUAUAGCGUGUCUCUUCUCGAUGACCAAGGUCUGGUAGAGGUGUCACAGAUUGCAGAGCAAGUCCUGGAUGCUGUGAAUAAGGAGCACUACGUAGAGGCCACCCAGCUGUGGGGGAAAGCGGAAAUGGUCAUCGAACAGAAUACGGAUGGAGUGAACUUCUACAACAUUUUAACUAAGAGCACUCCCAUGGCUACAAUGGAGUCGAGCCUGGAGUUCACCCAGAGCCACGUAGUUCGCCUCUACCAACGCCACGUGAGACACCUGCAACAGGAUGCCCUGAGUCAGCUCAUGAAUGGUCCCAUCAGGAAGAAGCUCAAAAUUAUUCCUGAUGAUUGCUCCUGGGGAGGCCAGUCUGCCAGCGUCUUCCAGAACAUGGAGGGGGACUUCAUGAAGCCGGUCAUCAGCGUCGUGGAUGAGUUGCUGGAAGCCGGGGUCAAUGUCACUGUGUAUAACGGACAGCUCGACCUCAUCGUGGACACCAUGGGUCAGGAGGCCUGGAUGCGGAAACUGAAGUGGGCUGAACUGCCCAAAUUCAAUAAGCUGAAAUGGAAGGCCCUGUACAGUGACCCUAAAUCUUCUGAAACGUCUGCAUUUGUCAAGUCCUACAAGAACCUGUCUUUCUACUGGAUUCUCAGAGCCGGGCACAUGGUUCCUUCUGACCAAGGGGACAUGGCUCUGAAGAUGAUGAGGAUGGUGACUCAGCAGGAGUAGGCUGGACCGGAGGUGAGUUGCUUGGCCGUGGGGCGCAGGGGCCGAAGCCAGCACGCUGCAGCUGUGAGAGGUGCUGCUCUCCCCCUUGAAGCCGUUCACCUGUGUGCCUGAAGCUUCCUGCUGCUUCUCCAGAGAACAGAAUCACCACCUCUGUGGCCACCUGGAAAUCAGUUCUGCUUCUGAACAAGCCUGAGUUGUUUUCUUUUUUAACAGAUUUGUUGUCAUCAAAAUGGAGGGUUGAAAUAAGGUAACAUGUUUGUAUUACAAAAGUAAGUUAUGUGAUUUAUGAGGAAAAAAGAAAAAGACACGUAAACAACAGAAUAAAUACUGUUUUACUCCCUUCCGUGGGAUAAACUCUAUUGUCCAUUUAGUAUCUAUCUUUGGAAGUCUUUUUUUGCUACAUAUGCAUAUAUAUUUUUUACAAAAAUGGAAUCAUUACCCUAUGUUGUUUUACUCCCUUAUUCACGUAUUCGUUUCUCCCAACCUCUUCACGUCAAUAAAUGUUCUUCUGUAACA